AUGUAUCUCAAUGUAGAUACUGGCACUUUCAAUCAAUCCCUCCUCAUACGAGAUUCGCGCGAAUGUGCAACUGGACAACAAUGGUGGGUUUGCAAUGCCAAUGGCUUCCAAGGUUGUUGUUCUGUAGACGCAUGUUCAGUAUCAAAAUGUCCAGACACAAAUACCGCUGCAGUUGGCGCAUCCAUUUCUUCUACAUCUUCUUCUUCUAAAUCCACCUCGUCCUCUUCCACUUCCACUUCUUCUACUACAUCAACCAUUUCUUCUCAAUCUACUCAAUCCUCACAAACAACUCCACAGACACCCUCACCCAGCACUCUCCUCAUAACCAAAACCGUCAACAACCCACUCAACACAUCCUCUUCUCCCUCCUCCAGCACCCUCGCACAAGCAACACCUUCCACAUCUUCCAAUUCAACACCCAUUAUAGCUGGAGCCAUCAUCGGAGGUAUCGCACUACUCUGUUUCGCCAUGGCCGCAUUCUGUUGUUUCCGGUUCCGCCAGAAGAAAAAGCAGGAGAGAGAGAGGAUGUUUGCAGAACCAGAGAGUCCUGAUCCAGAAACAAUUCAGUUUUAUAGUACGACGGGAAAGGCGCUACAGACGCCUAGUAGUACGAGGACGAGCAGGAGUCCGAGUGGUGGAUUUGGAGGAUUGGGUGGAUUAGGAUUGGGGGAUGUUUUUGCACCGUUUGGUGGAAGAACUCGCAGCACCAGGACUACUCAACCCCCACCAUCUCCUCCUAAAGUCCCCGCCAUAACCCAAUCACAAAAUCUUUCCCCAGUCCACCCAAUCCACCCAAUCCACGCCAUCCAUCCCUCCCCCAUUUCAGAAUCAACCGAAGAUUACGAAAACGACCAACCCCUCUCCCCCGAUCCCGAAAAAUCAUCCUUAAUCCCACCCCCAGAAUCCUCACAUCCAGCAUACCACCCCCUCCCAGGAGUGUCUUGUGUACGACCUGCUUAUCGACCUGGGAUGAGCUUUACCAUUAACGAGUUAGAUGGAAGAGAGGUAGACUGUGUUCCAUUUGGAACAGCUGGAGGGAGGAGAAGUGGGAGUUUGGGAAAUAUUGAAGGAUGUGACAGUGGGAGUGGAAGCGAAGGGGUUGUUAGUGCGAUGAGUACGCCAAAUACGAACGAGAUGGUGAAUUCUAAUGGGAAGUUGAGUGCGAUUAACACACCCACACCCACACACUAUUCCUUGAGCAACCCAUUUACUUCUACGAAUAUUCCUCCCUCACAAGGAAACUGGCAACUACCACCUGCCGCCCUCAUACCUGGUCGACCUGCACCAUCUCAAUUUCAGUCUCAAUCCCAAUCCUAUCACCAACGAGGCAGUAAUUCUGCAAACGGAGGCUCCAAUCCAAAUAUCGCAAAUCCAUCACAAAACCAAACUCAAACCCAAUACCAACACCAACACCAAAAGCAACUGUCACAAGCCCGACGCACGAACUCUACUGUAAUUGAAAAUCCAUAUCAAAUGUACGGAUCCAGCCGGGAACAUCAGCAAAACAUGGGAUAUCAGAAUGCAUUAGAACGAGCACAAUCCCAAUCCCAAACAAACACCCCAGCUCCAGGAAAAGGCGGAAACGGAAAAACCACACGAGUUACUAGACAAGAAAAUGGGAGAUUGACACGAGAAAGCAGCACUCACAGUAUUCCCAUUGGCCUUGGUCUUGAAGCUCGUGAUUCUGUUCCUAUUUCUGGUGCUGUUUCUGCUUCUGUUUCUGCUUCUGGUUUUGUUGGUGUGGAGGCACAGCCUUAUGCUUAUAUGGGGAUGAGGAAUUCGAAUCUAAAUCGGUAUCCAGAAAUGAACAACAGAAAUUCAAAUACAAAUGCUCACCCAAGCGCAUACGCACAAAUACAAACACCGGCACACGCUAGUCUUUAUGGAAAUACGCGGGUUUUCCCACUGACUGUUCAAUAUACACCUACAGAUACACAUGCACAUGCACAUUCGAAUUCAGGACAGAGCGAGAGGAAUAAAGUUAGAGGUCAUGGUCAUGGUCAUGUUUUGAGUUGGGCGGAGUAUGGUAAUGUGAAUGUGAAUGAGAAUGGUGAUGUGAAUGAGGGUGGUGUAAUAGAAAGUGGGAAGGAAAAAGAAAAGGAAAAGGAAAAGGGGAAUGGGUUUGUGCAGUACGAGUAG